AAGAAGAAGAAGAAACAAAUGCCGAGUGCCGCCUGAAGGAGCUCCUCAGUCGUCACCUGAGCAAAGCCCAAAUCAUAACCAGUGAAGCUUGCUCAGAUUCUCGUUGAAUGAAAAGUUGGCUUCUUUCGGAAAUCCAAAAGCAAUAGAGUAGUAGUAGCAGUGAUGGGGGUGGUUAAAGAUGGGACCAUAUCUGGGUGUCUUCCAAACAGCCAAGUUUUGGGGAUCCACUAUCCGGGUUAUCCUUCCUCCAUGUCUCGCGCCAUCGACACACUCGGCGGCACCCAAGCAAUCCACAAGGCUUGUAGUUCACUCUCCAGCAACAGGUUGGAGCUCCAUUUUCGCCACGACGACCCCUAUUCCCAUCCUGCUUUUGGCGACCUUCGUCCUUGCAAAAAUUUUCUGCUUAAAAUUUCUAAAACCAAGUCCGAUCAAGUCCCCACACCUGAAACUGAUCAAGUCAACCUCUGCGCUGAUAUUGUUGCUCGUCUCCCGCAGGCUUAUCACUUUGAUGGAAUGGCGGACUACCAGCAUGUCAUUGCUGUCCAUGCUGAUGUUGCGCGCAAGAGAAAGAGAAAUUGGGUCGAAACAGAGGAGCCACAGUCUGAUAGAGGCGGUCUUAUGGAUAUUGAUAAGGAGGAUGUGAUGAUUCUACUGCCCCAGCUUUUUGCACCCAAAGAUGUUCCAGACAAUUUAGUGUUGAGACCAUCGGGGACAUUGAGUGCAAAAAAGAAUCAAGAACCUUUGCAGCAUCAAUUGGAGAUGGAUAUGGAGCCAGUUCUGGCAAUUGACUUCGGAAUCACUGAGAUUCCUAAGAGAACAAACUGGGAGGAAUAUAUACCUCAAGAUUCAGAUCAGUGGGAGUCACAGACGGCCGUGUCGAACCUGUUUGAUGAGCGGCCUGUAUGGCCUAAGGACUCAGUAACUGAACGCUUGCUUAAUAAGGGCUUCAAAUUUUCAGAUCACAUGCUGAGAAGGCUCCUUUCAAGAGUUGCAUACUACUUUUCACGUGGACCAUUUCUCAGGUUCUGGAUAAAGAAAGGGUUUGAUCCCCGGAAAGAUCCUAAUUCUCGGAUAUAUCAGAAAAUUGAUUAUCGAGUAAAACCACCUUUGCAAGAUUAUUGCGAGGCUAAUUCAGGAAAUCUAACUAAGCAUAAAUGGAGUGAUUUAUGUUCAUUUCGAGUAUUUCCUUACAAGUGCCAUACCACAUUGCAAUUAUUUGAACUCAAUGAUGAUUACAUUCAAGAACAGAUAAAAAAGGCUCCAACUCAGGCAUCGUGCUCUCCGGAGACGGGAUGGUUUUCAUAUAACUUGCUUGAGAACUUGAAACAUCGUGUUCAGGUGAGGUUCCUAUCUGUUUACCCAAAACCGGGUGCAGAGCACUUGCUUAAAGCUGCUACUGAAAGCUUUAAAAAGUCAAAGAAGUUAUGUACUAAAGACAACUUAGUGCGUGAUGAAAUGAUCCAGCAACAAACCAAUGCAGAGCUUACAACCAUUGUAGAUGCUGAGGAACCCAACAAUGUUGAAGAUGAGGAAGAAGAUGAUAUUGAGGCUGAUAAUGGUGAAGAAGCAAUAGAUAGAUAUGAUGAAAAUGAUCUGGUUGAGGAUGGUGAAAUUUCUUUGCAGCCGCAUUCAUAUCUUAAUAUGGAGAACAUUUCAAGAGCUCAUUUACAGGAGCUUUUUGGUAGUUUUCCAUCCCCAGAAGCUGGGGGCGAUAUAAUACAAGAUGCAUUUACCAGUGAUGAAGAAUACCAGAUUUACGAGCAAGAUAGCGAUGACAACUUCUCUGACGAAAACUAAUGCUAAUUACAAAGUUAUUCAGUUGCUGCUGAGACAACACCAUCUCUACAUGUGCUGAAGCAAGGGAGUUUCAUUAGCAGCUCCUCAGUGACAUUUCAAAUUUUGGCAUACAUUUUUCCAGGAAAGGCCUUGGCCUGGAAGUGACUUAACAUAGAUGAAUUAUGUGGCAGCUAUAAUGUAAAUUUCUGAUUGGAGACGAAACUUAAAAAAUAAACAUUUCUAGAUUGCUGUUAGUACUGCCAAACUGCCAAAUGAUAUAUGUAUAGUAGUUUACAAUGGUGAAUCAAAGUAAUAUUUUU